AUGGUUCAGAAGUACGAUCGGGGAACGCUUGUCUUGCUCGGCCGUUAUCGUUUCAUGGUACAGUCGAAGAAGGGGAGGCGUGGUGAUGACGUACUCACAGCAUUUCGUCCAAAUGGACUGGGGUGGAAACAGCAUGACGCUGGAAUCAGAUCUCUGUCCGCUUAUGAACUAACGGGGUACAAGUGAUCAGGGAACACGAUAAUCGAGCAGAAUUAUGUGUAAGUAGUUGAACUCAAACUUCCCUUCAGCUUGAGAAACUUUCCCUGGAAGCAAAAGUUUUGGGUUCGAUUUCUCAUGCAAAAACUCUCCCAAACUUUCUCGAGCAAAAACCUCUUUCUCUUUUUUCAGUGAUUGGAUUCAAGCUGCGAGUCCCAAGCACUGAGUUACUACACACUUGGCCGAGCUUCUCGGACCAAAUGUGAUGACAAUAUCACACGUACUAAGGCAAAUUUUCCGAAGGAGAGCAUGUCAAAACAUAACAGUUUAAAUGAAGCAAAACCAAACCAACAAACUAAACUUUCUGAUUCGACCAGACAAGUAUAGUCAGUCUUCUCUCUAUGCACAGGACGGUUGUGUUUCUCAUUUACAGUAGCAUCUUGGAGUUGUUUGUCAAUGAUUCGAUAUCAUGCGACCCCGUCUGCAUGGCUGU